AUGCAUGCAACUAUUCCUUCCCAACCUCGUUCAAAUACAUUGGGUGUUUUUGGCGAAGAUCUUGAUAUCAAACCAGAAAUCGACACUGGUCAAGUAUCUGAUUCUUGGUUUUCGUUUAAAAAGCUAUGGAAAUAUACAGGGCCUGCCUAUCUUGAUCCAGGAAACUUAGAGUCCGAUCUUCAAACAGGUGCUGUAGCUGGUUACGGUCUACUUUGGCUAUUAUUCUGGUCACAUGUGAUAGGCCUCUUUUUCCAAAUUCUUUCAGCUCGAUUAGGCACGAUUACAGGCAAGCACUUGGCACAGCUCAUUCGGCAAAGUUAUUCAAAGCCAUUGACUAUUACACUAUGGAUCUUUGUACAAAUCGCCAUCAUUGGUGCCGAUAUUCAAGAAAUUGUGGGUACAGCUGUUGCAUUACAUAUUUUAUUACGACUACCUUUGUGGACAGGCGUUUUACUGACAGCGACAGACACAGCUACGUUUAUGAUGAUUCAGCGAUACGGUAUUCGGAAAUUGGAGGCAUUUUUUAUGAUGUUAAUCAGUUUAAUGGCUGUUUGUUUCUGGCUUGAAAUGAUACAAUCCAAACCGAGCACCCUCAAUAUCGUAAAAGGCAUGCUGGUGCCUUAUGUACCCAAAAAUUCGGAGUUUCAAGCUGUUGCUAUGUUGGGAGCAGUUGUUAUGCCGCAUAAUAUGUUUUUACACAGUGCGCUUGUUAUGUCCCGCGAUUUAGGAAAACAACCCUCGACUCGCAAAUUGAAAGAAGCCAACUUUUAUUUCGGUAUUGAAUCAGGCUUAGCUUUGAUUGUUUCAUUUUUAGUCAAUUUGGCUAUCGUCGUUGUGUUUGCACAAGUUUUUUAUAAACCAAAUCAGACAGGCAACGUGCAACUUCCUGGUUUAGCAGAUGCAGAUGUCGUGCUAAGUGGUACACUAGGUUCAGCUGCACGAUAUCUAUGGGGCGCCGGUUUAUUGGCAGCGGGUCAAAGCUCGACGAUGACGGGUACAUUAGCAGGACAGUAUGUUACAGAAGGUUUCUUUGGGAAUAUUUUCAAAAAGGAUUGGCAUCGUGUUGCUGCUACACGUAGCAUUUCUUUAAUUCCUGGUAUGUUGGUAGCUGUAUUUUUCGUAGAUCAUUUCGACGCGAUGGGUGAACUACUCAAUGUUUUACAGAGUAUAUGCCUCCCUACCGUCUUGAUCCCAAUUAUCAAAAUAUCAACUUCAUCCCACAUUCUACCGAGAGAAUUCCGGCCUUCUUCGAUACUCCAAGUAACAUGCUGGAUUUUGACUGCAAUUGUCAUUGCAUUUGAUAUAUUUUUGGUCCUCCAACACGUUACUAGCUUAUCAUCAGCCUUAGGCAUCGGUAUCUGUGGUACUGCGUUUCUGCUAUUUUUAGUCUACCUUUGUUUCAAAUCUUUGGUACACACCAACAAUAGUAGUAGUGAUGGUGAUGAAUGGAUGGCAUUGAACGAAGAACAUGAAAAUAUUUUUGACGAUCCAGAGAUAUUGUUAGGUUCAACUGAUGUUGAAUCAGAAAGUCGCCUCCCUGAACACCAUGAUCACCAUACUUACAACUCUCAUAUCGAGAGGCAAAAUGCUAACCUUUUCCGCGAAAGUACAGAUGAUAUCCAUGCACGGUAG